GAGCCCAGCGGAGGAGCACGUUCUCGCUGGCCACACUCCCUGCGCUCCAUAUGCUGAGCUUAUACUUCUUCAUCGGCUUGUGGUGCUUGGCGAGAUCAGGAAAACAAGGGGACUUCUAAAAACACACAAGAAGCAUGCCCAGCGUUCACCAAGCUGAGCUUUCACAGCGCACUGCUUGGCACGGACCUGCAUGUGAAGCUCUUCCUGUACACGAGGAAGAACAUGACCUGCCCGGAAGUCAUCAACUCCACCGCCUUGGGGGACUUGGACGUGACCAAGAGAACCACCUUCAUUGUUCACGGAUACAGGCCCAUGGGCUCCGUGCCUGGCUGGUUGGGGGACUUGGUGAAAAGCUUGCUCUCGGUGGAAGACAUGAACGUGAUUGUGGUGGACUGGAAUCGAGGUGCUACCACCGUGGUAUACCACCACGCCUCUAGCAAAACCAGAAAUGUAGCCCAGAUCUUGACGAAAUUUAUUGACCAGAUAUUGGCAGAAGGAGCAUCUCUCGAGGACAUUUACAUAAUUGGAGUCAGUCUGGGAGCCCACAUAGCUGGGUUUGUUGGAAAAAUGUUUGAUGGCGAGCUGGGGAGAAUUACAGGGCUCGACCCUGCCGGCCCUUUAUUCAACGGGAAGCCUCCGAAAGACAGAUUAGAUUCUGGUGACGCGCAGUUUGUGGACAUCAUCCAUUCCGACACUGACGCAUUGGGCUACAAGGAGCCAUUGGGAAACAUAGACUUCUAUCCAAAUGGAGGGAUGGACCAGCCUGGUUGCCCCAAAUCAAUAUUUGGAGGAUUGAAGUCCUAUUUAAAGUGUGACCAUCAGAGGGCGGUGUUCCUGUACCUUGCUUCCCUGAGGGAGAACUGCAACAUCACCACUUACCCCUGCGGCUCCUACUGGGAUUACAGGAAUGGCAUGUGUAUCAAUUGCGGCCCGGAGCUGAAAGAGCCGUGUCCCCUAAUGGGUUAUUAUGCUGACCAGUGGAAAGUCUACUUAGGAAGGAAAGACACUCCCACAACGACAGCAUUCUUUGACACGGCCGCGAAGAGACCUUACUGCUUAUAUCAUUAUUUUGUGGAUAUCAUAUCUUGGAACAAGGAUGUAAGAAGAGGAUUCAUUACGAUUAAAUUAAAAGACAAAGCUGGAAUUACUACAGAAUCCAAAAUAGACCAUCAACCGAUAGCAUUUCAGAAAUACCACGAAGUGAACCUGCUUGCAAGAUUUGAUCGAGACCUGGAUGAAGUGGCAGCCAUUUCCUUGAUAUUCUCUACGGGACGUUUGAUAGGAUCAAAGCACAUGCUCCGGAUUCUCCAAAUGAAGUUACGAUCCAUUGACCAUCCCAACAGGCCCCCGUUGUGCCGGUAUGACUUUAUUCUGACGGAAAGCAGGGAAACAACCUUCCAACCCAUUCCUUGCCGAAACGUGCAAAUGUAAUCGUUGUGGGAACACGACGCACGUAACAUCAGGAAAAGGACCACCCGUGCAUCCCCUUUUCCACGAGGCACAAAAAAGCACAGGAAGACCAGCGUUUUGCUUAGUGGUGUUCUGUGGAUGUCGCAUUGUCCAACGUCAAACGACCUUGUGAUUACAAAACCAUCCCAAGACCAGAGCACCUAACGAGGGCAGUCAGAAAUAGCCGGGCUCCCGGCUGCACACUGCUCAGUUUAGCUGUGUCCUGGGGCCUCCUUUGUUCCAACCUGGCUUGUCGACUCCGCUGCUGCCGUCACAGGGAUUCAUUCGGCUGCCACGGCUGGAGAUCACCUUCUUUGUGCCACAUCCUCCUGGCAAAGAAACGGACCUACCUCACAGGGCUGGUGUGUGGGCAGG